GUGCUGCGAUGAAGUUACUGUUCGUAGGAGCGCGAGCCCUUGACCUUUGCCAACGAUCGACCUAAGCGCAACCCAGGACGAUACAUUAUGGCACUAUUCGCUUGUCAAAAGAGACGAUGUGAGGAAUUUUUGAGCAUAUUUUCUAGCGACACCGACCCGACCUGGGGUUUCUACGUCUACGGCACAUACACGCGCCCACAAGGGCUGGAAGACGCCAACUCCGGUAAGAAUAGCUCCCCAAGCAAAGCAGCGGUAGUCAACAACAACGCUCAUUUCUAAGGCAUACUAAACAAGUUCUUCGCCUACGCAACUAACAAUCUGCGCGACAUUUACCUAGAACCCUACAAUCAACAAAUAAUAGACACGUUACGUCUUAAGCCCGCUGCUUACAUGCCUAACGCGUCGCUCAACAACAUAUGCAAUCAUUUCCGCUAACACUAUGCUCAAAUACUUGUAAGCCUAGGUAUCAGGACAAGUAUAACAAGGAAGGUUUAAUUAGUCGAAAGUAUUAAUAGUGUUUAGUUAUUAAUAACAAGGCGUUAGAGAGCCAGGAAAAAGCGCCUAAGCCCAUCAAAGCAUUUGCUAAGCUGCUAUCUAGGUGUUAUACAACAAUAGAGAAGCCUGUAGCGCUUAGCGCAAGAAGUUGCGAUGGUACAAGAGAAACCUAAUAGAAUAGCUAGUUUAAGUUUUUGCCUGAAAUGCUUAAGGAUGUGUUUAAGCAGGCGUAUUAGGGGGAAAUUAAGACGUUUUUUCGUAGGGAG